AUGGUCUUCAUCUCGCGCGUCGUCUUCGCCGUCGAAACCCUCAAUGGCGAUGAGCGCAUCGCCAACCUGCUAUCCCCCACUAUACUACAAGACACCACGUACUUCCCCAAUUCCUCUCACGAGCGCCUGGUGGGAGGUCAACUCUACCAGAUCAUCGCGACCUGGGCCGCCCGCAUGCUCCUGCAGACACACACAUCCACGAUUCCACAUGCCGACGUUGUCCCCGCAGAACACCACCAGGCUAUGCAGCUCAUUCGAGGCAACGGCCCCAGGGUUCGCUCGCGCCCCGCAACGACACGCGCGCUGAACAGUAACCGCACACGCACCCUUGCGGUCUUGCCGCCGACCUUCCCCGACACAGGGUACGAUGCCGACUCGCACACGCUCUACGCUGCCGUCGCAGUUAGCCCCGCCCUGAUCUGGCGUACAUACGCCUGGCACAUCAACAGCCCUGCACCACAGGCGCUAGGGUACAUCCUCACCAAGCUCCGCAAUGCCCGCCCGGACGCGUUCGUGGCCGACCCCUUACUGGAAGGCAUCCUCACCUGCGACAAUAUCGUCAUCCUCGCUCGCUCCGAGGAGGAGCUUAUCCGCGCCGUAGAGCGCAUGCACGAGCAGCUUUACAUCCACAGGAUGCGCGCAGGGAGGUCGGCUUGA